CCUCACGUUGUCAAAUAUCGCGAUAACUGCCUGCCUAAUCACUACGUAAUGUGCCGUGCUGCUUCUAGCGGCGCUGGUGACAGUGCUGAAAGCUGUUGGGUAUGAAGUGAAACGGAACUGAAUUUUUGUACCAUCCGCAACUGCUUCAAGUUCAGAUCACCACAAGGAAACCGAAGACAAACCUUCCCGAAAACAAGCAAAAGUUGCAACACAGAAGACGCAUAGAAAAACAACGGAUCACUUCAAGGGUUUUAAAAAAAAAAAAACGCACGAAGAAGCAACCAAAUCCUGAAACGACCAAAGAAGACGCACAUCAGCCCAAUUGAAACCUCGAAGAGAAGCAAUCUUGCGCCCAAGCAUAUUCUGAGAAGACUUAACUGAUCUGAAACCAGAAGUUUGUGCCUACUCAACAGCUUUGACAAAGCACACGUCCCAACGCUGCUCCUAGCCCUCCUCAUCCUCACCACACCACCGACUCACCACCGGGGUGUGGAGUGGGCUGCUAUCUGCUAGUUUUAUUUUCUUCCCUCUAUCUCUCCCCUUCUCUCUACUCCUCUCACUGUUUUCACUGUAAUUUUUUUUUAAGCAGUGUUAUUGCACCUGCGUUUGCCUUUUUUUUGUGUUUUUGGCGCUAGAUUUCUCCCCUUUUCUUUCGCUUUAUGCAACCAUCUAGAACUUGUGCCAGAAACCUGUAACGUGCGUGUGUGUGUGUGUGUGUGUGUGUGUUCGUUCAACUGUGUGCGUGAGGAGAUCUGCCGGAACUGCCUAGUCAACGAGAUCCUGAGAAUUACAAGAUUCAAGACAACAAAUAAAGACAUCCAGCGGUGUAUCAUUGGGUGGUUACAUUAAAAAAAAAAAAAAAAAAAUAGAGCUUAACAGCAAAGCAAAAACAAACAAACAUUCAAACAAGAAAUCAAGUUCAGCAAGUGCUCAAGCAAGUUCGGUCCGAGUUUAUGGGAAAAUAUGGGCAGCCCCUGGAAAGGCUUUGUUGAGUUUACCUUGCCUGCGUCGCCACCCACCGCGUUCGUUAGCGCUGACCUGAGCAGCACCUCCCCCGUCGGACUCAGCCUGUCGCCAUAUGGCCGAUCCCAUAUCAGAGUCCUAUCCCCAGUGACAGAAAUGGAGAGGGGCUCCUCCGAACCCCCGGUGGCUCGCAACACCGACUCCACCCCGUCUACUUCCACUGGUCCCGUGCCCAUCCCCCGCUCCUCCUCAGUCUCUUGCCACCCCCACCCAGGAAGUAAAAAACACAAGCGGACCCCCUUGUAUCAGAGAUCAAUGAGUUUUGACCCAGGCAUGCUCCAUAGCAAUGGGCACACUGCCUACGCCAACGGCACGGGCCCCGGCAUCCGAGAGACUGGUGUGGUGGAGAAGCUCCUGACGUCGUACGGGUUCAUCCAGUGCUCCGAACGUCAGGCCCGUCUCUUCUUCCACUGCUCCCAGUAUAAUGGCAACCUGCAGGAGCUUAAAAUAGGAGAUGAUGUAGAGUUUGAGGUAUCCUCUGACAGGCGCACUGGCAAGCCCAUAGCAGUGAAGUUGCUAAAGAUAAAGCCGGAGGUGCUGCCAGAGGAGCGCAUCUCGGGCCAGGUGGGGCCAGACGUGCACGCCUAUCCCUUUACUGUGCUGCAUGGUUAUAUUCAUCCAGUCGUCUCGUCGAUCCCGGUGCACUUGGAUGGAAAGUCGGCACCCGGCCAGGUGCCCACUGGCAGCGUGUGUUAUGAAAGAAACGGGGAAGUGUUCUACCUUACCUACUCCCCUGAUGACGUGGAGGGAAACCUCCACCUGGACACAGGCGACAAAGUCAGCUUUUACAUGGAUACCAACAAGCACACCGGUGCAGUCAGCGCUCGUAAUAUUCAACUUGUGAAGAAAAAGCAAAUGAGGUGCCAGGGUGUGGUGUGUGCUACGAAGGAGGCCUUUGGGUUCAUUGAGCGGGCCGACGUGGUGAAGGAGAUCUUCUUCCACUACAGCGAGUUCAAGGGUGAUCUUGAGGCUCUGCAGGCUGGAGACGACGUCGAGUUCACCAUCAAGGACAGAAACGGUAAAGAGGUGGCCACCGAAGUGAGGCUGCUCCCCCAGGGGACGGUGAUCUUCGAGGACAUCAGCAUCGAGCAGUUCGAGGGCACCGUCGUCAAAGUCAUCCCCAAGGUCCCCACCAAAAACCAGAACGACCCCCUACCGGGCCGCAUCAGUUCCCGCAUCGGCUUCAAUGACAAGGAGCUGCCGUUCGGCGAGAAGGACACAAAGUCUAAGGUGACCCUUCUGGAGGGAGACCACAUACAGUUCAACAUCUCCACCGACCGCAGGGACAAGCUGGAGAGGGCCACCAACAUCGACAUCUUCCCGGACACCUUCGACUUUACUAAGGAGACCCGUGAAAUGGGAGUGAUCGCGGCUAUUCGCGACGGCUUUGGCUUCAUCAAGUGCGUCGAUCGGGACGCCAGGAUGUUUUUCCACUUCAGUGAAGUCCUGGAGGAAAGCCAGCUGCACAUCUCAGAUGAAGUGGAGUUCACUGUUGUGCCCGUAGGUCCUGUUUAUAAGCUUUUCACAAAAGACAUGCUGUCGGCUCAGAGGAACCACGCGGUGCGCAUCAAGAAGCUGCCCAAGGGCUCCGUGUCCUUCCAUACCCAGUCUGACCAGCGCUUCAUGGGUGUGGUGGAGAAGGAGGUUGUGGGAACCAACACCAAGAACGCCAGUCCCACCAAGACCAAGGAAAAGAAAAAAGACAAGGCUAAAGUUGUAGAAAAGGAGGCUGAGGAAGGAGUGAUUGCAUAUGAAGACUGCGGAGUGAAGCUCACGGUGCCGUACCAUAACAAGGACCUAGAGGGAGGAGGAUACCCUCAGGUCGGAGACAAGGUGGAGUUCUCCAUCAACGAAGUGAAGCGCACCGGCCUGCAGAGCGCAGUGUCCAUUAGGGUCCUCAACCGCAAUGCCUCCAACGCCAAGAGACUGCUCGGAUUUGUCGCCACGCUGAAGGACAACUUUGGCUUCAUUGAGACGGCAAAUCACGACCAGGAGAUUUUCUUUCACUACAGUGAAAUGUGUGGGGACUUGGAGAACUUGGAGCUGGGCGACACAGUGGAGUACACUCUCUCUAAGGGUAAAGGAAACAAAGUCAGUGCUGAGAAGGUUACCAAAGUGGCUGCAGUGAACGGCAUUAGCGAGGAUGUCGGUGCGACGGUGACGAUGGGGAAGGUCAUCCGUCCCUUGCGCAGUGUGGACCCCUCCCAGACGGAAUACCAAGGGCUGAUUGAAGUCACAGAGGAAGGUGCACCUAAAGGCCAGAACUAUCCUUUUGGAAUCAUGGGUAUGUCAAACAAGGCCGAUUGCCUGCAGAAAGGAGAACUUGUGAAGUUCCAUGUUUGCACAGUAGCCCAAACGGGACAGAAGAUGGCCUGUAACGUGGUCCCUCAGCGCAGAGCCAUGGUGGAGUGUGUCAAAGACCAGUUUGGCUUCAUCACAUAUGAAGUCGGUGAGAGCAAGAAGCUGUUCUUCCAUGUAAAAGAGGUGCAAGACGGCCUAGAGCUCCAGACCGGGGAUGAGGUGGAGUUCUCCGUCGUCCUCAAUCAACGCACAGGAAAAUGUAGUGCCUGCAACGUGCGCCGAGUCAGCGAGGGGCCUAAACUGGUGGCGACUCCUCGUCCGGAUCGACUGGUGAACCGGUUGAAGAGCAUCACCCUGGACGACGCCAGCGCCCCUCGCCUGGUGAUCGUGAGACAGCCCCGUGGUCCCGACAAUUCAAAGGGCUUUAAUUUGGAGCGCAAGACCCGCCAGCCCGGCGUCAUUGACUGAGCAAUACACAGCCCCACCCUGUUUGCCAUUGGUGGGAUGCUGUCCCAACGUGUGACGGCAGGGGAUAAGGGAAAUUUGAUUUGACACAUGCUUGCGCACACACAGACUCACACACACACACACACACACACACGGUAAUCGGCAUGUGUAAUCUUUGUCCCCAUCGGUACCUGCAAGGGAACUUUUUCUCAUUCCACAGUUCCCUGUCUCCCAUGUAUGAUGUACUUGAUACAGAGUUCCAUGCUGCAGUGUACAUGGGGUCUUUGUGUGCGUGUGUUUGUGUGUGUGCGCACGCAUGCGUGUGUAAUGUAUCCUAGAAGUAAUUAUAGUGUGUACCGGAGGUAUUUGUUUCUGAGGGUCUCGUCCCGCUAAAUCAGAGUGACUGUGUGGCUGUCUAUGUCUCGAUCUUUUGAAUCUUUUGUUUUUUUUCUGGAAUUCUGCACCUGUUAUCUGUCCAGUACUUUGCCUGGUGGCGUCUCAUGUCUUUAUGCAUCUGCUCCGGGUUUUUUUUUUUUUUUUCUGUCUUUCUCUCUCCCACAUUUUUGCUCCUUUACCCAUGGAAACUUAAAAUGGUUUUAUUGUCAAGUUUCCCACUAUUGUAUGCUUUCCUACAAGACGCAUAAAGCAAAGCAAAAGUUCCCUCCAUAAGGAGGAUCAUAUUUCUCAUGUGCGAGCUUAAACUGAAGAUUCUUCUCUGCUCGUUUUUUUGAGCAGUUUUUAAAACGCUUUAUUGAAGAGCUGAAGUGAAAGCAUGGUGUGUGUGUGUGUGUGUGUGUGUGUGUGUGUGUGUGUGUG